GUUGUUUUAAGACUUGGAUGCCCACUUUGAUCUUGGUUCUUCUAAGGCUAGCUGUUAGCUUCGGCUACUGGACCCACUAAUCCAGAUUUAUGCUAAGUGAAGCAAACCUCCUGUCAGGAAGAUAGUAGCUACAUAUAUCACCCCUUUAUGCUUAAAAUGACUUUUUUAGUUGUUGUUUUUUUUUUUGUUUUGUUUUUUUGAUUAUUGUUCAACUCCAGCAAAUGUUUAUUUUCAGACUUUUUAAAGCUGAAUUUUGAUGGUGCAGAACAGACUCCUCCGAUCUGUAUUCAGACUAUGAUAAGAUUUGUAGAUGUUUUCUCUGCUACUCAGAACAGCUCAGCCUCCUGUGGAUCUUUGGCAGUCAAAUAUGAAUUCUGAUUUGCUUGCCUGGCAGUCCUACAAGUAGCCUAGAAAUAUGUCUCGGUCUCCCUGACCUCAACUUGACCUCCCACGUCGUUGCAAACUGCCCCUUUCCGAGUGCAACAGAAACUGAGCAAACAGAAACCUCCAGCACCGUAUUUUAUUUUAUUUUUUUACUAUUGAGAUUGUUCUUCAAAGUUGGACUGGCUCUUCACCAGCUUUAUUUUUAGAACGUGUACUUGAAUUGUGAUGGGAAAUGAGGAAUUGCAAGAAGUAAUGUAACAGGGGGUGAAAGGCCAUGAUUCAACUACUUAUGUUUUUCAAAUGCCAUUUCAUCUGAAACAUUUUUUCUCGAUUAUUGUCAGUUUAUCAAACUGCUGCGAAUAUAAAAUUAUUCUUAUUAUGGUUUUCAAUGCCAGAACGUCUACACACAGUUUACAGCGUACUGUAAAGUAGCUUUCAACAGCAAAAGUUCUACUUUCCAGACUCAUCCAAGCCACCUUAUGAGGCACCUGGAACCCUCCAUAGGAAUGUUGCGAGUUGAUGACAAAAAUAAGUCUUUCUUUCCCAAACAUUUGACCUCUGCCAGCUUCUCAGCUCACAAAGACAGUUUUCCUCCACCCACUGCAGCAGCCUCCUUAAAAGCCUCUCUGGCUCGUCUUGAAUUCACAAAGAAGUAUACUGGAUGAACUUUCGGGAUAUACAGAUCAUUUAAAAAUGUAUUUAACAGCAGGAGUUAUCUUUGCUUAAUAACAUAAAACACUGAGAGAACAUCAGACCAUUUGAGAGCAUGAGGAAGGCAUUCUGCUCUGUGCUUCUCCUUUGGACAAGUGUAAUCUCACUGAGUGCUCUUGGCUGCUUGUGUGAGCACGAUGGCAAAGUGAGCACAGGAGGCAUUGGACAGUCGAAGACCCCUCACCUGAUCUUCAUCAUGGUGGACGACCAGGGCUACGGAGACAUUGGCUAUCACGGCUCUGACGUCCACACUCCUGCUCUGGACCAGCUCGCAGCAGAAGGCGUCAAGCUGGAAAAUUACUAUGUCCAGCCUAUCUGCUCUCCUUCUCGCAGUCAGCUCAUGACAGGACGUUACCAAAUUCACACUGGACUACAGCAUUCGAUCAUCCGACCGCGUCAGCCGCUCUGUUUGCCCCCAGACGUUCCCACUCUGCCCGAGCGCCUGGCUGAGGCUGGAUACGCCACGCACAUGGUUGGGAAAUGGCACCUGGGAUUCUCCAGGCCAAACUGCCUGCCCACACGGCGCGGAUUUCAGAGCUUCCUGGGAACCCUGACGGGCAGUGGCGACCACUUCUCCUAUCAGAGCUGCGAUGGGGCUGAAGCUUGUGGAUUUGACUUGCAUGAUGGGAACAGACCCGCCUGGGAGAUGAGAGGGAACUACUCUACUCUGCUCUACAUUGAAAGAGUCAAGAAGAUUUUGCAGAGCCACAAUUCCCAAAGGCCACUCUUCCUCUACCUGUCCCUGCAGGCUGCACACACUCCUCUGCAGGCACCGGACCUUUUUCUGCACCACUAUGACGCGCAGAGCAAUCGUCAAAGGCGUCACUACGCAGCCAUGCUUAGCUGUUUGGACGAGGGGAUUGCAGAGCUUGUCAAAGAGCUGAAGACUAGCGGUCUCUAUCAAAACUCCGUCUUGAUCUACUCAUCCGAUAACGGCGGACAGCCGCUCUCAGGCGGGAGCAACUGGCCACUGAGAGGAGGGAAGGGGACCUAUUGGGAAGGAGGCAUCCGGGCGGUGGGGUUUGUCCAUAGUCCCCUUUUGAAGAGGAAGGGGAUCGUAAGCAGAGCCCUAAUCCAUAUUUCUGACUGGUAUCCCACAUUACUCGGGCUAGCAGAGACCCUGCAAUCCCACCACAACCUGGACGGUCAUAAUGUCUGGGCUAGCAUCAGCGAGGGUUUGCCUUGCCCCCGCACAGAAAUCCUUUUAAACAUUGACCCUGUGUCCAGGAAACCCGGGGAGCCAUACGACAAGGCGCUGGAACUCAAUGGCUUCGGGAUCUGGGACACAGCUGUGAGAGCCGCGCUAAGGGUGGGUGACUGGAAGCUACUGACAGGAAAUGUGGGUGAUGGAGACUGGAUACCACCGCAGGCUCUUCCAGCCGGCCCGGAACGGUGGCAGAAGCUUGAGAAGCGGCGCAAUAGGCCGGGGAAGUCGGUGUGGCUGUUCAACGUCAGCGCGGACCCGUACGAGAGGUUCGACCUUGCCGAGGUUCGUCCAGAGGUGGUGAAACAUCUGCUGGCUAGACUGGCGGAAUACAACCACACUGCUGUGAUGGCAAGGAACCCACCCGAUGAUCCUCUGGCUGACCCAGAACUACAUGGGGGAGUAUGGAGCCCAUGGCUGGGCCUGGAGGGGUGGGGAAGAAACGAGAAAGAUAAAGAUGGCAAAAAGGGGAAGAUUGCAAAGGUUAGGCUUUGCAAAUUAUGCAAAUUAAAAGCCCUGUUUAAAAAAGUGGAGUCACGUCUGGAGAGAAAAACCCUUUUCUAGUAGACA